AUGCCCCCCCAGAAGCCCUCCCAGCCCAGGUCACGCAAUAUUAAACGACACCACUCCGGAUGCCGGGCGUGUCGCAAGAGAGGGAAGAAGUGUGACGAAGCCAAACCGAUCUGUCGUGCCUGCAUCAGACUGAGCUUGGAAUGUAUCUAUGGCCUUGACUUUCAAUUUCGGAGCUUCGAUACACAGUCAUUCCAGAAGCCUUCACGGACGGUAACAUGCAAAGGCCCGCGAGCAGGUGCGCUCCAAAAAGCACCACUGUGCAAGGCACCAGUGACUGGAUACGACCUGGAUGUCGGCUACCUGGACCACUUCAUGAGCCAUGUCCGCCACCUCCUCCCCGCCGGUCCAUCCCAGCUCGGAGAACAGGCAUUGCGAUCGCCUUAUCUAAAACCGGCAGUCCUCUGCAUCUCGGCGUCCAAUCUAUCCAUGCUAAACACCGAUGUUCAGCGACGCACGCUACCAAAUGACCCACGGCGGUCGGUCUUCAGUCCAUCCGUGAAUUUGGCACAUCACUCACAAGCCGAGAAGUAUCAUCAGCAGGCUCUUUCCCACUUCCGCGAUAGCAAGCCUACCGAUAUUGAAGAGGACGCACCGGCUGUGCUCGCGGCAUACACCUUUCUCGCCUACUACCACCAUGCAUCGACGGACCAUCAUAAAUUCCGCCUCGCGGUAUGGGACACCGUGCGCUUCGUCUCUGAAAAUCGGGAUAGUCUCACCCGCUCAAAACAUGGCGCCCAGGCGCUUCAGAUGUGGUAUCGCCUUUGCGUCUCUCACCGACUUGGAAAACCACCAGCACUGCUACUUGAAGGGGAAGGGGGAAGUUCUUUCGGACCGAAUCGCUACCCCGACUCUUUCGACCAGCUUUAUCUGGAUUGUAUCGUGGGGCUGAGCGCGGAUGAUUUGAUUUAUGAUAUCUUGAUCAAGACAAUUGAGAUUCGGUCGCGGCUUGUCGUCUUUCGAUGCGUGGCCAGGAGCUGUGGUGCAUCUGAACUGUCGACGAAUAUAGGCAGUAUAGCGCAUGGAAUCCUGGCCAAAUUGCUGGGCAAGGACGACACGGAUGAGGAACGUGUUGAAUCUGGAAACGUCUUCGUUCGCGGGCCGCAUCUUCAAGGGUUAUUGAAUAUCCAGCGAGAGAGACUGCAGGUCUGGAAAUCACGGCUUCGACUCGAUCAAUUACCGGGAUCUUCCCCGUUUUCAACCCACCGUGACGCAAUGAAUGCGCUUUACUCUCUCCUUUGUGAGACUAUGUUUGAGGAGUUCUGUGAUGAGCCAUCCUCGCAUGAUGUCGCCAACGCAGUCAUCAGGAUACUCGACACGUUGGAUCUCUCCGUAUCCUCCACCGCUGAUAUAUACACAUUCAGCCUAUCUGAGGUACUUCUCCAACUCGUUCAGGUGUACAAGUCGGACACUGUCUUUCAGUAUAUCCUGGACACACUGUGGCCAGCGCUUGAGAGCAAGGCAAGGGGAUACGAACACUCACACUAUCCCACUCAUCUAGUCAAGCGGAUCAUUGCCCGGAUUUCUCAACAUUGGGAAACCGGUAGAGAUGUACUUUUCGCCGUGCCAGCUGUAUCCGAUGAUAUAGGAAAGUUGAAUUUGUUGGAUAUCUACCAUCCGGUAGACCUGGUGGUUUGUGGGUCUGAUAAAGGAGGGUACUUCGUUGAGAAGGUCACACUUAGCAUUAUCUAG